CAAGAGAAGCACCUUGACGUUGUUCUAUAUUGAUGGAGGAAGAAAGCACUUCGCACGUGCCCGCAGAGUCCCACACGAGUGACCGCAUCAAGCUCAACGUCGGUGGAAAGCUCUUCGAGACCACGCUUUCAACCAUCCGGUCCGGCGGUCCAGACUCCCUCCUGUUCGCGCUCUCGAACCGUGGGUCCGACGACCCGAACCCGGUUUUCAUAGACCGUGACCCUGAGAUCUUUUCGGUUCUCCUCUCCCUCCUCCGCACCAACCACCUGCCCUCCACCGCACGCCGCUUCUCCAAGCAAGAGCUCGCCGACGAGGCCCUCUUCUACGGCAUCGACUCCCAGCUCCGCUCCGCCACUUCUCCGCCUCCGUUCUCCGGCAUCGACGCCUCCAUCGUCGCCUCGAUCCGGCCUGCGUCCGAAGGCCUCCCUUCCACCUUCACCGCCGAUGACAACGGCUCCGUCUGGAUCGCUCACGGCGGUCAGGUCUCCAGCUACGACUCUAACCUCAUCCACGCAGGAACCAUCCGCACUCACCUCGAUGAGAUCGACUCAAUGUGCAGGGUCUGGCCGGAGAUCACAGCGGUUGGAUCUGAAUCCGACGCCGGACUUCACUUCUACAACUUCUCCGGCAGCCGCCACGUCGGAUCAGUCCACUGGAUCGAUCCGUCGGAUCCUCGGAUCUUCAAGGCGCGAGUCAACGCGAUAACCGCUUCGGAGAAUUCCGUUUUCGCAUCGUUCGAUUGUCCUCACCGGGAGAAUUGCAUCCUCGAAGUUGAUAAGACGAAGAUUCAGGUCGUGUCGGAGUUAGGUCGGCGAUCGGGGAACCAAGCGAAGCACAUGGUUCCGGGGAAGCUGACGUGGGUUCCGGCGACCGGCGUUCUCGUCGGAAGCGCGGUCGCCGGCGGGGCGUUCGGGUACUCAGGGUACAUUCGGUUGUGGGACCCGAGGUGCGGUGAGGUGGUUUGGGAGACGAACGAGCCUGGUGCGGGUCGGAGCAGUAGGUUCGGUGAUUCAUUUGCGGCUAUGGAUGUUGAUGUGGAAGGGUUGUUACUAUUCAAGCUGUGUUCAAAGUCAGGGGAUUUGGCUAUGGCUGAUAUGAGGCGUUUGGGGGAUGAUCCUUGGGUUUAUUUGAAGGAGAAGAACCCUAGCUUGUUGAGUAAUGGUGUGGAGGGUAGCAACAGUGUGGUGCAUUGUUACAAGGGGCAAGUGUUUAUUGGGAGAGGUGGAGAAUUGGAGGUUUGGUCAAGGUUGCAAGAGGUUGCAAGUGGUGAUGGUGAGAGAGGAAGUGAGGGAUUUUAUAGGAGGAAUUUUGUGGAUAAGAGGGAGGAUUCAGAGAGAGGGGUUAUCAAGAAGAUUGAAGGUGGUGGAGAUAGAUUGUUUGUUAGUAGAGAAGAUGUUGAAGGUAUUGAAGUGUGGGAGAGCUCACAUUCUCCUGGAGCCAUUUCUGUUUUGUGACACAGGAAUUGGUAAAAGUUUUGGAUAUAAGGACAUGAGCAUCGCUAUCUGCUCUUAUUUUCUUUUAUGCUCAUUAUCUGAAGUCUGAACUCAGAGCUUUGCAUAUGAUACCUUUUGGAGAGUUUAGAUGCCUCGGACAAAGCCAAAUGCAGACAGAGAUCUUAAUAAAUAUUUGUAAAUCGCGAGGCUAGAAACUUAAAAUCCAUUGAAUUCCAGAUAACUCUAAACCUCUUGGUUGCAUUAGGAAAUAAACUUUUGGCCAUCAUAUGGUCUGUCAAAGUGAAUAUGAAAUGGAAGGUUCACCUAUUAAGUAUAGAAGGGUUGUUUUACAUGCUGAGUCAGCAAGUGAUGGGUUGUUACAAAGGGAGUAUUCUGGAACUUUUAACAGAAAUCAGUUAGAUUUUGGAAUUGUAGGGAAUGAGCUUGUUAAAGUAGGGAAAUUGUAUUAGAGGAAAGUUAGAUUUGGAACUUGAAUUUAGGCUGGAACUGGGAGCAAGGAAGCAUGGACACUUGUAAAAACAGGGAGAGUCGUGUCCGACCCGCUCCGACACGGUGACACGCUCCGACACGGUGUCGGACACGCGGUCAACUUUUUCCGACGCGUUGACCAUUCCGACACGCGAAUUUGACCGUAUCCGACACGGUCAAAUGGCAUUUUCGUAAUUUUUUUUUAAUUUUUUUUAAAAAAAAUUAUUUUUUUUAAACAUUAAAAUAUAUUAAUAAAGCUUCCACCUAAUCAUAUCAAUUUUAUUUUUUUGUCUUUUUUCCCCUUAAGUAGAUAAGAGAUCAU